GGAGCGGAGAGCGCACGUCCUCUCUGGCUGGAGCCGAACCCGAACCCUCCCCAGGAAUCUGAGACACCACAGAAGAAGAACCAGACAGAACAGAUUUGUCAGCAACGACUCAACUGCUUCCCUCCAACCAGAUCCUGGAAAAUAUUCUGGAGGAAGAGCAUCGACCUGAUUGGUUCUAGGAUCUCACAGACAUCCAGAAUCCAACAAAGCUCUAGAAUAGACUUUGUAUGAAAACACAGUUCUGGAAAAGGUCUUGAACUACUGUGGACUUAAGAAUCUAUACUUUUUUUUUUUUUUAAUAAAGAAUUAAUUUGUGAUCGAAACCAAGUUCCCUGACCACUGUAGGCUCUAGAAUCAGAUAAAGUUUAAAGAACUAAACAGGGUUCCGAGUCAGCUCCAGAACCACGGUGGGUUCUGUAGUCAGAGCAUGUUCCACAAUACUGACGGAAUUGAAUCAAGGCUCCAGGUAAAGUUCUUGAAUUGAAUCAGUUUGGAGUUUGUAGUCAGAACAGGUUCUACAUAACAUUCUGUGGUCGAAUAAGGUUCAGAACUUGGAUCCAGAAUCACAGCAGGUUCUGGAAAACCUUCUGAAUUCAAGUCAUUUUUGGUUAGAAGCACUUUGGGUUCAAGAAACAGUUAAUUUCCUCCAGGAUCAAAGCUUUGUUCUAAGUUUUUUGUUAAAGUCUUCUGGAAAGCUCGGGAUGGUUUCAGGAGUCAGGGUAGUGGAUCUGGUGAGAGGCUUUGGUCUCAGAGAUGGUUCUAGAAGGAGUCCCGGUCCGCCCUCCACCUCCCACUUGUUCGCCCUGCUGCUGGUCGUCGGCUUUUUGGUGUUUGUCGAUCCAGUCGGCUGCUACAGCAACUCCACCUCCGAGCCGUCCCCACCUGACCUGAUGAUGUCGGACUCGGCUGACUUCUACGGCAGCGACCCGCCUCUGGGACUGGAGCCGGGUCACCGCGCCCCAAACGGCGCCUCGCAUCUGCUGCUGCUGCAAGAGACCGCCGACGAGCCCCCGGAGUCCCCGGGGACCGGACCGGAAAAGCUGAGACCUUCAAGCAAGCUCAAACACAAACAUGAGCGGAAACCUCCGUCUCACCGGUCCCUGUCCAACACGUCGGCGGGGGGCCACGGCAGUUCGCCCCCCACCUGCGUGCAGGACACGUCCAUAAAGACAGUCUUCAAGUACAUCAACACGGUGAUGUCCUGCGUGAUCUUCGCCGUGGGGAUCAUCGGGAACGGCACCCUGCUACGGAUCAUCUGCCAGAACAGAUCCAUGAGGAACGGACCCAACGCCCUGAUCGCCAGCCUGGCCCUGGGGGACCUGAUCUACAUCGCAAUCGAUCGACCCAUCAACAUCUACAAGCUCCUGGCGAUGCAGUGGCCGUUCGCCGACAGCUCGCUGGGUCUGUUCCUCUGCAAGCUGUUCCCCUUCCUGCAGAAGGCGUCGGUCGGCAUCACCGUCCUCAACCUGUGCGCCCUGAGCGUGGACCGGUACCGCGCCGUGGCGUCCUGGUCCCGGGUGCAGGGGAACGGCGUUCCCAUGGCGACGGCCGUGGAGAUUGUGGCGAUCUGGGUGCUGUCCAUGCUGCUGGCCGUGCCGGAAGCCGUCGGCUUCAACAUGGUCAACUUCGAGUACAAGAACGUGACCAUGAGGACGUGCAUGCUGCAGGCCAACACGCCCUUCAUGACUUUCUAUCGGGACGCGAAGGACUGGUGGCUGUUCGGAUUCUACUUCUGCGUGCCCCUGGUCUGCUCGGCGGUCUUCUACGGCCUGAUGACCGGCGAGAUGCUGCGGCACGAGAAGGGCAGUCUGAGGAUCUCGCUCAGCGAACACCUCAAACAGCGCAGGGAGGUGGCCAAGGCCGUGUUCUGCCUGGUGCUGAUCUUCGCCCUGUGCUGGUUCCCUCUUCACCUGAGCCGCCUGCUGAAGAGAACCGUCUACCGGGAGCACGACGCCGGCCGCUGCCAGCUGCUCAACUUCCUGCUGGUCCUGGACUACUUCAGCAUCAACAUGGCCACCAUCAACUCCUGCAUCAAUCCCAUCAUCCUCUUCUUCGUCUCAAAGAAAUUCAAGCACUGCUUCAAGUCCUGCCUGUGCUGCUGGUGUUCGUCCGGCUCUCUGUCCAACAGCCUGCUGCCGCUGCACCACGGCACCAGCCAGUACAAACACACCGAGCACUGACGGAGCGCCGCCCUGCUGGACCGCAGCAGCUCCACACCGCAACCACACGCUGGUCCGGGACGACUCUUCUUCACCGUCCUUUCACAAUAAAAGCUGUAAAUUAUUUGUCAAACUGCUCUCCAGUUCUGUUUUUAUCUCCGCUUUCAUGUAUUUGUCCACACUUCUGAGCAAUUAUUAUAACAGUAUUAUUAAUUGCUUCUAAACUGUAUUUGUAAUUAAAUUGUUUUUGUAAUUGUACUAAUAAUUGAGAAAAAUUUUAUAUUUUUGUCAUCACCAA